UCUCUCUCGCCAACACACUCCCUCAGUACAAAGAGGAGGGCUUUGCUUCCUUUAAUUAAUAACCUGUGGAAUUCAGAAACCCAAGGCUGUCUGUAGUAAAACACCAGCCAGGCGGCGUUUGGCUCCUUUUUCUCUUUUGGAAACAUUUCAGACUCUUGGUUUUUGAAUAAGGUGAGAAAAUAUGACUGAGCAAAUGUCUCCAGACUACUUCAGCUGCCCUCUGUGUACGGAGUUCCUGAGGGACCCCGUGGCGAUCCCGUGCGGUCACAGCUUCUGCAUGGACUGUAUCAGUGGCUACUGGAACGAGGCUGAUUACACUGGCAUCUACAUCUGUCCCCAGUGUCGGAUCACGUUCACCCAGAGACCUGUGCUGAGGCCGAACGCCACUCUCACCAAAGUUGCAGAGAAGAUCAAGAAGACCGGCUUGAACUUAACACCUCCAAUGAAUGGAAGCUAUGCUGGCCCUAGCGAUGUUCCUUGUGACUUCUGCACUGGAAAAAAGCUCAAGGCUGUCAAGUCCUGCCUCAACUGCCUCGCCUCUUACUGCGAAAAGCACCUGAAGCCCCACUAUGAGUCUGCCACCUUCAAGAGGCACAAACUGGUGGAUGAGCUGGGGAACCUGGACCGUAAGAUCUGCCCUCAGCACCAGAAGAGCCUGGAGUUGUUCUGUCGUACCGACCAGAUGUGUAUUUGCGCCCUCUGUACUGUCAGCGAGCAUAAGGGACACGACAUAGUCUCAGCCGAAGCAGAAAGGGGUGAAAAACAGAAGCUUCUUGGAGUGUCCCAGGCAGAGAUCAAACAAAAAUGCCAGCAGAGGACCAAAGAACUGGAGGAACUGAAGACAGCGGUGGAUUCUCUCAAAAGCUCCGCACAAAGGGCAAUGACCGAAAGCAAGAAGAUGUUUGAUGAGAUGAUCACGUCCAUUGAGAGGAUGAGGUCAGAGGUCACCAAACUGAUCAACAUCAAUGAGAGGGCUGCAUUCAGUCAGGCGGAGGGGCUGAUGGAGCGACUGGAGCAGGAGAUAGAUGAACUGAAGAAGAAAGAGACUGGACUUAAACAGCUUUACAGCACUGAGGAUCACAUCCACUUCUUACAGAACUUCAAUUAUCUUUGCACUCCGACUGAUGACGGCUUCAUACCCAGAGUGUCUCUGAACCCAGACUUCUCCUUCAGUGCAGCCAGGAAAGCUGUGGCUGAGAUCAAAGAGAAGCUAGAGGAGCUGGGCAGAGACGAACUGAGAAAGAUCUCAAAAUCAGUGAAUGAAGUACCAGUGUACACUGUGGAGAAUCGCACCAAAGAGAAAACUACCAGAGUUAAAGAAGUUCAUACAGUGGACAGUGCACCUCCUGCAGAACCCAGGAGCAGAUCUGAAUUUCUGAAAUACUACUGUCAGCUGAGACUAGACCCACACACGGCGCAUAAGGAGCUGUACUUAUCUGAAGGAAACAGAAAGGUGAUUAGAACCAGAGACCCGCAGCCAUACUCAGACAACCAAGAUCGCUUUGAUAGCUUUGCCCAGGUGCUGUGUCGUGAAGCUCUGUCAGGUGGCCGCUUCUACUGGGAAAUUGAGUGGAGUGGGGAAUUCUCGAUCGGAGUGGCCUAUCGGGACAUUAGCCGUAAGGGUAAAGGCUCCCUGUGCUUGCUAGGCUACAACGAUAAGUCCUGGAGCCUCCUCUGCUCUGACACAGGGUACUCGGCCUGGCACAACAGGGUAGACAAGGCUGUUAGCGGCCCUCACUCUUCGAGAAUAGGGGUCUUUCUGGACCACUCUGCAGGGGUGUUGGCGUUCUAUAGUAUUAGUGAGACCAUGACACGUCUGUAUCGUUUCGAGACCACAUUUACUGAGCCCCUCUAUCCUGGGUUUGGGGUAGGAACAUCAGUCAAGAUCUGCCAAUUAAAAUGAACACUACAUGAAAUGUGUGCUUUUCAUGAAGAAUCUGAAGUGAAGGAGAUACAUUUUUGCUCUUUUUUUCUAUGAUUUUAUAUAUUUUUUAACUCUGUCUUUUAUGCUGAAUGCCAUUUGUCAGCUGUCGUCUCAAUUUUUGCAGGUUCUGGAAGAAUUAAAUAACUUUUUAGUAAUGAUUCUAUGUGCAAACAAUAUAAAUGUUCUCUUAAAUAAAGGCUAAAGAAAAAUGUUAAUAUUAUAUGGAAUUCUCAACAUGUGUGUAUCCAAAAGACAUUAUAAAGCAACAUUACUCAUCAAUUGCUUCUUCAUAUUUCAAUAAAGUUUUAAAGUUGUUAUACAUACUGGUCUCUCAUUAAAUAAAUGUGGUCAUAUCUUUUAGUGAAUAUAGUCUUGUGUUUUUGCUGC